CCGGCGCUGCUUCUGGUGGCGAUCGUGAGGUCAGAGGGCGACGGUUUGUUGUCCUUCGCAACGGCGCCGCCAGUGCUCCGGGAGCCGCCGGAAUGCUCAGCAGCUCCGUGUACCCACUCGCAAACCCCAAAGGGGUCAAACUGCUGUGUGAACUGUGCAAAAAGACCGCCCACUACAUGUGCACACAAUGUAGAGUGACGUACUACUGUGACCUAGAACAUCAAAAGGCUGACUGGAUUGGAAUCCAUGAGAAGAUUUGCCAGCUCCUUAUUCCACUGCGCACGUCAAUACCAUUCUUCAGCUCUGAGAAAGAGAGAUGGCAUUCACAGCAACAGAUAGUGCAGAGACAGAAACACAUGAUUGACCUGACCCGCACAGUGGCCCAGAAGCUGCUUUUCGAAGGAAAACCGGACGAGGCCAUUCCCGGUGCUCUGCAGUCUCUGCGCUUUGCCACCAGUGUCUACGGAACUACAUCUGCUGAGUUAGUGCCAUCCUAUCUGCUCCUGGCAGAGGCCAGCAUUGGUCUGGGCCAGUUACAGGAUGCAGAGGAAUACCUCUCUCAGGCUCAAUGGACGGUGAUGAAGACUUCAGAGUGCAUAACCGGCGUUGAGUACAAGUUGUAUCGGAACCUGGGCCUCUUGUACUCUGCCAGAGGGAACUAUGAGAAGGCACUGUGGUACCUGGCUGAUGAUAUUUACCAUGCCAGUGAAGUAUUUGGGACCGAAGACAUUCACACAGCUGGUGGAUACUUCCAUAUGGCUAAUGUGUUCUUUGGACAAGGCAAGAUGGACAUCGCAGACUCUAUGUACACCGAGGUGGUCGACAUCUGGCACAAACACCUGAGUGAGCUGGUAGAGGCUGAGAUGGAAAAGCCAAAAUGGAAAAGAAUGAAUGCUGCUCUGGAGGACCCAGACCCAGGCAUGGAAGAUUACAAGGAAAGUCUCGAUGUGGCUCAGCAAGCAGAAGCUGUCCAAGUACUGAAUGCAAUUAACAACAUCCGGGACCAGGGCUUCGUCCCAAAACAUGGCAGAAUUGGAAAGGUCGCUCACGCACUGGCUAUGCUGUAUUACGUGAUCAUGGACUAUAGAAAGGUGAUCGACUAUGGGAGUCAGGCCUUAGAGGAAAGCAAGUUGUUGCUCAACAAUGACAAAGAAAUUGAAUCAAUUGAGAAUCUUCUCGAAAUGGCACAUAGUGCACUCGGAUACCCCGGGGGGCAAGGGCCAUCACCAACUGCGUGGGUCACAUCCUGCUAAACGCUCAUGUCUCCAGCUGUCAUGCUGCUCACCGAUCCAACCAACCAACCAAUACGUCCAAACAAUAAGGAUUUCAGGAUCAAGUCCGUGCCAUGGGUGCUGGAAGGAACAACAACAAUAAACACUAUUUUCUUCACAUGA